AUGAUCCAGCUCUUUGUCGACAGAAAGAGCAGGAGUAACCACGCUGCCAUCAUGACGUUGCACUGGUGGAUGCAUUGGUUCUGGGUGACAAUGCUCUUCGUCAUUAUAGAGAGCACCGGAAGAAGCCUCGCCGCGCCCCAGUCAGAGGAAAUGCAGCAUGCUCCCACAGACGUAGAAGUUGACAAGCAAUUCGCAGAGAGACAAGCGAGAGCUAUGUAUUUUACCAAAACACCGCUCGUAACUGCAAGACCUCUCCCCGCUGACGUAACAUUACAAGUAGACAUUGAACUACCUAAAAUAGUAAACGCGACUGAAAGUAAUUCCACAUCGGCAAAUUCAACGCUAUCCCAACCUAUAGAGUGGACGCCAGUUAACCCUACAGAUAAUGUCUCAAUAAUAGCACUUCCAGAAACUAAUAUAACUGACUACACUAAUGUGACAGAAACUCAAAACUCGACGUUUAUAUCAAAAAAACGUAAUUUGACGAGACCUGAAUUCAUCAAGGAGGAUCUCAGCUUAGAAGGCGUUUCAGAGAGUCGUAUUGUUACCGAGAAACCGCUGUCCUUAGAGACGACGUUUCUACAAACAAGAAUUCCUCCAAAUGUGGAAUCUUCUAGAAGGAUAAUAGAUAGCGGCGGAAUGGAUACGGGGGCGAUAGCGGGUAUUUCCUUCGCGGCGCUCGUCCUGGCAGCUCUGGUCGGAAGCACGGCGUUUGUUUUAUACCGCAGGAGGUAUUUGAACAAGCCACAAACUUUGAAUGACAAAUGCUCCAAUCCCGAUUCUAGUGGAUAUCUCGAUGAUAGCACUAUCAGGGAUAACUCCGAGGAGAUGUACAGUUUGGACAACGAUUCGUUUUUGAAUUCGCUUGAAGCUAUGACCAUUCAGAACUACUGGACUGACACGGUGAAGCACACCAAGUUA